AUUUUCGUCCGGGUGAAAUUGAAAUUAACGUUUUAAUUCAAGCUGUGAGAAAUAUAAUUUUUGUUCGAAACAAAUUUAUUCAGAAUUUCUUUUAAACUAUAUUUGGUUAUUUAGUAUUUAUAUUGUUGAAUUGAAGAAACAUAAAUAUAAAAAAAAGAAACUAUUGCAAACAAUUCUGGGUGAAUUUUUCUCAUAGUUACUGUCGUCGACUGAGUCAAUAUAUAAAAAAAAAAAAAAAUUGCAAAUCAAUUUUUAUCUGCUUCCCUUCUUUCUCUCGGUGUGUCCUCCCCACGAUCGAAACUUUAUAACCCACUCAUACAACAAAUAUACACGGCAGCAAAUUUGUUGAAAAAAAAGAAAGAAAAAAAAAAAAAAGAAAAAGAUUGCCAAGCUAAGCUGAGGCAAAGCCCACACAAAAUAAUAAGAAAUAUCAAAGAAACUUGGAAACGAACACCAGGCGCUGUAGCAACAAGCAGCAGCUCAAAGUCGUCGUCAGCUCAGAGCUAAGAACAAGGAGAGAAGCUCUUUUGGCAACAACAACAACAACAACAAUAGCAAAAAUGGAUCUAAUCGAAGUUGGGCAAAGUGUUAAAAUCAAGAGAACUGACGGCCGAGUACAUCCAGCAGUGGUAUCGAAAAUAAAUGAAGCAUCUAGAUCAUUUACUGUUGAAUGGUAUGAACGAGGCGAAACUAAAGGCAAAGAAGUCGAAUUGGAUGCCAUAUUACAAUUGAAUGAGGAUAUUGUACAAGAGCGACAUGCUCCACCCGAACCAAAGAUUCCAGCAACAUUACCAGCACCAACACCAAUACAACAAGUUUCAGCGCCAAUGAAUUUAUCGAGAGAGCCAUCGCAUUCUUCGAUCGAAGAGGAAGACGAAGAGGACGAUGAAGAGCUUGAGGAUAACGAUGGAGUCGAUCAGAUGCGCACCAGCAUUGGAGGUACCAGCCAGUCAGGUGGAACUGGAGGCAGUGGCGGCAGCGGAGGGGGUACUUUGCCCAUUCGGCAAAGUAAUUCUAGGCUCACAUCGAAUGCAACACAUGGGGCAAUUCGGAUGUUGAAUAAUGUUCAAAAUGGACACCGCACAAAUCGGGCAACAUUAUCUCAAAGUGCUAUCAACACCAACGGCCAGAGUGAGCACGCUGAGAAUAUUCCUCCACCAUCGGGUAUCGCAAGGUCACGGACAACUAAUAAUACGAGAAACAUGACGACAACGACUGCCAGUUCGUCGGUGGCGAACAAUAAUGCCGGUCCACGGCGAUCCUAUGUGGUCAAGGAAGUCGAACGUUUAAAAGAAAACCGUGAAAAACGUCGAGCUCGACAAGCUGAAUUGAAAGAAGAAAAAACUGCAUUGAUGAAUUUAGAUCCGGGUAAUCCGAACUGGGAAACUGCUGCUAUGAUACGUGAAUAUCAAAACAAUUUAGAUUUCCGACCAUUAACUGAUGGUCAAAUGAUUGAAGACCAUCAAAUUACUGUGUGUGUUAGAAAGCGUCCUCUAAGCCGGAAGGAAAAUAUGCGAAAAGAAAUCGAUGUGAUAUCAGUGCCUUGCAAGGACACACUUAUUGUACACGAACCUAAAAACAAGGUCGAUUUGACCAAGUUCCUGGAGAAUCAUAAAUUUCGUUUUGAUUUUGCCUUUGAUGAUCAGUGUAACAAUGAAAUGGUCUAUAAAUAUACAGCAAAACCAUUAGUUAAAACGAUUUUUGAUGGUGGAAUGGCUACAUGUUUUGCUUAUGGCCAAACUGGUUCGGGUAAAACUCACACCAUGGGUGGUGAAUUUAAUGGAAAAAUACAAGACUGUAAAAAUGGUAUUUAUGCAAUGGCGGCUAAAGAUGUAUUUGCCUAUUUGAAUGGGACACGCUAUCGCAGUUUGAAUUUGGUAGUGUCGGCGAGUUUUUUUGAAAUUUACAGUGGAAAGGUCUUUGAUUUGCUCUCGGAUAAACAAAAACUUCGAGUCCUUGAAGAUGGCAAACAACAAGUUCAAGUAGUCGGCCUAACUGAAAAAGUCGUCGACAGUGUCGAAGAAGUCCUGCGAUUAAUUCAACAUGGCAAUAACGCACGAACAUCCGGCCAAACAUCGGCCAAUUCAAAUUCCUCCCGAUCACAUGCAGUAUUUCAAAUUGUCCUCCGACCGCCAGGCUCAACUAAAAUUCAUGGUAAAUUUUCAUUCAUCGAUUUGGCUGGCAAUGAACGAGGAGCCGACACCUCAUCGGCGAAUCGACAAACUCGUAUGGAAGGUGCUGAGAUUAAUAAAUCGCUACUUGCCCUCAAAGAAUGCAUUCGUGCUUUGGGUAAACAAAGUGCACAUUUGCCAUUCCGCGUAUCCAAAUUGACACAAGUAUUGCGUGACUCAUUUAUUGGUGAGAAGAGCAAGACCUGCAUGAUUGCCAUGAUUUCUCCAGGGUUAAGUUCAUGUGAGCAUACAUUGAAUACAUUGCGCUAUGCUGAUCGUGUUAAGGAGCUUGUUGUGAAGGAUCCAGAGCUAAGGAAUGAUGAUGACGUGGAACAGAUGAUGGAAGAUGAUGAUCAUAAAAAUGGUGAAAUCAAUGAGAAUGAAUAUGCUCAUUUGCGUUCCUUAAAUGAACAUGAUAUGUCUGAAGAAUUACUAGAUCAACAUGCCGCUAUCUCUGACCUUCAAUGCGCUGAAGAAAUCGUCGUAGAUCAACACAAAGCAAUCAAUGAAUUUUUAACACAAUUUCUACCAGAAAGUCAUAAGCUCUAUAAUCAAACUAAUUACGUGGAUUAUGAUCAAGAUACUUAUUGCAAACAGGGUGAAGAACUCUUUACACAGCUGGCUGAAAUUGCAACAAGUUGUCGAGAUUCAAUGGCUGAUUUUAGACGAAAAUUGGCAAAAGAAGAAAUGCUCUCGUGUACUAUGAAGCCAGGAAAACGCUAAAUAAAAAAUCAAACCAAAACCAGUAACAACAAACUAACAACUUUCUGCAAAUUAUUUUGGUAACACUCAAAUGAUAACUCUUUCAAAAAACAAAACAAAAAAAAAAAAAAUAUAAGAAGAAACUAACGCAUUGCUCCACCACAACCAACACCACACGCGCUCUGUCCUCGUUUGAAAACAAAAAAGAGAGAUUGUUUGAACAUAAAACAUCAUCAUCAUCUGCUACUGACCAAGUCGCUGGCCGCCUAUAUCCAAAAUAACAAUAACACACACAACCAUAAAUGAAAGAAAAGGAAAAAGAAUGGACAAGACAGCAUGCUGGACAUCCAUUUCAAAUCAAGGGAACGAUAUUGUUUUCUUUAAUUAUUUUCUUUUCUGCAUUAAUUUUAUUUCAUCACCCAUUUAUAAUUAAUUAUAAUUAAAUUCAUAUUUUUUUUAAAUAUAAA